UGGAUCCUUGAAAUUGGAAACUAAAGAUUUGAGUAUAAAUAAGUUUUAGUAAAAUAUUUCACUUUAUAAUUUACCAAAAUCCACAAUCUUGAAGGGCUAGUGGUUUGAUGCUUCGACAUAAAAUAAGAAACCAAUCUGUUCAUGGUUCAUGAUAUAUGACUUGUGAGAGAAAAUAGGAAUAAAUGGAAUAAACCUGUAGUGGAAGACAUGAUCCAUGUGACAAUUGGAAGCUGAGGCAAUUAUUACACCAUAUCUUGAUCAGCAUGCCUGUAGAUGUGUGGCACAGUCAUUUCCUGAACUCAAUCCAUGUCAGGUAACUUCUUACAUGUAUCUGACCAAACUUAAACAUGAUAACUUUUUCCACAUUCCUCUAACCCCAAAACAAGCAUAAAACCAACUCCACUUUCUAAUUUAGGAGAUGCAUGGAUGAGAGGAUCUCUACCCUAUGCUUCCCAUCUUAGUACUUCAUGCUCAUCUUCUUGCUCUUUUUUUAAUAUUGAAAUCUGGUCUCUGAUAAAGUACAGCUAAUUGUUCUCAUGAUUUCGAAUCAGUAUUUAUUUAAACAAAUUGGAUGUCAUUCCUAUCUUUGUUCUUACAGCAAGAUGCAUUUUUAUUUUCUUUUAUUGCAUGCUCUUAUUUUCUGCUUGUGUGGUUGUCAUGAAAAGCGGGAUGCUGCCACUGCUCCAAAUGUUGGGGAUCGUGUUCCGUAUGUUAUUAUUAAAGCUGCAAAAGGUGCCAAGGCUUAUGAAAGGUCGGAGGAUCCUAUCUUUGUGCUAGAGAAUAACAUUCCAAUUGAUUCCCAUUACUAUCUCAAAAAUCAAAUUAGCAAGCCGCUUUUGAGAAUAUUUGAUCCCAUUCUGAAGAAUGCGGAAAAGGAACUUCUCCAUGGCAGCCACACAAGAUCAGUUUCCAUUUCAACUCCUUCAAACAGCGGUAUCAUGAAAUUUGCUAAGAAACAACUUUGUUGCAUUGGCUGCAAAGCUCUAAUCAGGUAAGUUUCCUACAUUUGCUAAGUUAUGGUCCUAGUGCAUAAUUGUCAAUGUAUUGUGUGUAUGACA